ACAUGCGGUGUAGCCGCCAUGUUCAGGCGACUGUGUCUGUUUAAUUACAGUAAAGGCAUGCUGGCGCAUGGCUUCACUGUGAUGAAAAAGACACAGUAGACUAGACCAGGGGUCUGAAACUCAAACGCAGCAAGGGACCAGUCAAAUACAUGUAUAUCAGACGCGGGCCGUAUCAAUAUUAUUCGGAAAACCGAAACAUACUGUAAUAAAAAUAGGCUCUAACAAAAGCCUUUUUGUUGCCAUGCCUUUACGACUAACGUAAAAGCAGUUAGACGUUUGAAUUUUUUCUGUUUUAAUCCCCGCAAGAUGUUAAAAACAUUGAGUUUUAGAAAAGGAACCGGAUACGAAGCUUUAACGGGUCGGAUGGCAGCCAGUUUGCGAUCUCUGCAGUCGACAGAUCCAAAUAAUACCGCAGAGUUCGAUUUAUUAGAGUAAUAAAUUAGGGAUAAUAUUUACAAAACGGUAACGAUUUUGAAAAUUUUAAAUAAACAAAUAAUUUAAAACUUAAUAAUUUUCUCACGAGAUGGCUCUAUAUGUCGACUUAUUUUGAAAGGGACUUUACAAAAUUUGUUUAUUGAAGUAAUGAGUAGAAUUUAUUUCGUACAAAAUAUUUCGCGUCGUGUUUCCUGUUAUAAUUUUGAAUGUUUUUCUUCUGGAAAACGUGGACUUUCAUCGGAAAGGAAAUUGAAUGAAAAUCUAGAAAAUGAAGAGAUUGAAAAUCCUCCCAGAAUCACUGGCUCUAAUUGGAUAUCCCCACCUCACCCUGUUUCUAAUCUUCGCUUAAUUCAUUUUUUUAUUCCAAAGAAUGAAUUAACGGCUGUUAGAGAAUAUCGUGAAAAAGUAGAAGAAGUACAAAUAUGGAAUCAGCAGUAUUGGGAAAGGCAUAAUAGCGAAUAUUUAAAAUUAAAAGAUGAAUUUACAAAAGAUAAGUUGAAAGAAGUAAGACAAAUUGAGAAAGACAGGCAGGUUCUAACUGCUAGUGAAAUGGCUAUUUUUUAUAGAAAAUUCUUAAAUGAUAAUCACAAAAAGCAUAUGAGAUACAAUAGAGAAUGGUACAAGAAAAAUGUAGGACUACUAUGGUGGGCUUUCAGAGCUAAUUUAUCUAAAUGAUAACAGAAAUUAAUUCAUUUCAAACCAUGAAAAAUUUAUUUUAUUAUAUAUAGAAGACAACUACAAAUCAACUUUUUCUAGUGUAAAAAUCCCUCCAGGUUAUACAUGCAUCAUGAGGAGACAAUUAGAGAAAUAAAGAAGCUUUCAAAUGUAAAGUUCUCUAGUUAUGUUUAAUACAUUUGUUAAAGAAGCUUUAAAGUGCAAUUUUUUAAUUAGUUUUA